CGCGCAUGUGCCCUCAGGUAAUCAUGGCGCCCGUCAGAGUCACUGGGUCGUUGCGGAGACUUUUGGCAGGUUCUCGAGGCACGGAAAGGUUCCCUUUGCGGGCCCGAGCUCGGCUCCAGCACGGCGCCCUCCUUCAUCCGCUGCCCGGGCCCUGUGGGGCGGGAAUGUCACGCCGUCAGCUCGCCUCCGAGGCCGAAUCUGGUAGCUUAGAGAUCAAGAAACCUACCUUUAUGGAUGAGGAAAUCCAAAACAUACUAAUCAAGAUGACAGGCUUGAAUCUACAGAAAGUUUUUAAGCCAGCUAUACAAGAACUGAAGCCGCCAACCUAUAAGCUGAUGACCCAGGCACAACUGGAAGAGGCUACAAGACAGGCAGUUGAAGCAGCUAAAGUACAAUUAAAAAUGCCACCAGUUCUGGAAGAGCGAGCACCCAUAAAUGAUGUAUUAGCUGAAGAUAAGAUUUUGGAAGGAACAGAAACAACCAAAUACGUGUUUACAGAUAUAUCAUAUAGCAUACCACACCGGGAGCGUUUUAUUGUUGUCAGAGAACCAAGUGGCACACUACGCAAAGCCUCUUGGGAAGAACGAGACCGGAUGAUACAAAUUUAUUUCCCAAAAGAAGGUCGCAGAGUUUUAACACCAAUAAUUUUCAAGGAAGAAAAUCUGAAGAACAUGUAUAGCCAGGACCGGCAUGCUGAUGUCCUCAAUCUCUGUGUUGCCCAGUUUGAGCCAGAUUCUGCUGACUAUAUCAAAAUUCAUCAUCAAACCUACGAAGAUAUAGAUAAACAUGGAAAGUACGACCUUUUACGUUCAACAAGACACUUUGGUGGAAUGGCUUGGUAUUUUGUAAAUAAGAAGAAGAUUGAUGGUUUACUUAUUGACCAGAUUCAGAGAGAUUUAGUUGAAGAUGCCACCAGCUUGGUGCAGCUGUAUCACAUCCUCCAUCCAGAUGGCCAGUCAGCCCAGGCGGCCAAGGAGCAGGCUGCAGAGGGAUUACAAUUAAUUAAGGUCUUUGCAAAAACAGAAGCACAGAAGGGAGCAUAUAUAGAAUUAACACUGCAAACUUAUCAAGAAGCAUUCGUUAGCCGCUCUGCAUCUUCCUGAAAAUUUUUUUUAAAUAAAUUACAUUUUACUAA